CACCACUGCAUUUGAUCCGUGUAUUAUAGCUAAUGCGAUGGCAGAUCGACGUAAAUUACAAGAGAUCGAGAGAUGCAUGAAGAAGGUGGCGGAAGGGGUGGAGACCUUUGAAGACAUCUGGCAGAAGGUGCACAACGCCAACAACAGCAACCAGAAGGAGAAAUACGAGGCCGACCUCAAGAAGGAGAUUAAGAAACUACAGAGGCUCAGGGAUCAGAUCAAGACGUGGGUGGCCUCGAGUGAGAUCAAAGACAAGCGCCAACUCCUCGAGAAUAGGAAACUAAUCGAGACUCAGAUGGAGAGGUUUAAAGUGGUGGAGAGGGAGACGAAGACAAAGGCCUACUCGAAGGAGGGGUUGGGCGCCGCCCAGAAGUUAGACCCCGCGCAGAGGGAACGGGACGACAUGAACAACUGGUUGUCCGUAUCCAUCGACCAACUCAACAUACAGUUGGAUCAGUUCGAGUCGGAGUCGGAAGCGCUGCAGUUGGCGCAGAAGAAGAGCAAAAAGGAUCGCGAGAAACAGGACCGCAUCGAUGAGCUGAAGGGGUGGGUCGAGAAGCACAGGUAUCACAUC